ACCACAAACACAUAACACAGUGAACUGAAAUUGUAUUGGAAACUGGUGUCUAUCUGUAUUCACAAUUCAGCCAUGGCAUUCUCAGCAUGCACUAUUGGCCCAUCAAACAUUAACCCCUUAGCAUUAGCAACACCAUCUUUCCCAUUCAAGCCUUUCAAUUUCCUCCCCUUUAGAUUAACUCAAAAGGUGAAGAUUGGCCCUCUUAGUGUAUCUCCCAUGGGGUUUGGAACGUGGGCAUGGGGCAAUCAGUUUCUGUGGGGGUACCAAGAAUCAAUGGAUAAUGAGCUUCAGCAGAUCUUCAACCUGGCUGUGGAUAAUGGUAUCAAUCUCUUUGACACUGCUGAUUCUUAUGGCACUGGAAGGUUAAAUGGGCAGAGUGAGAAACUUCUGGGGAGGUUCAUUCGUGAAUAUCAAGAAAAAAAGGGGAGGCAGUGUGAUGUAGUAAUUGCUACAAAGUUUGCAGCAUACCCAUGGCGCAUUACAUCAGGGCAGUUUGUGAAUGCUUGCAGGGCAUCACUAGAUAGGAUGCAGAUUGACCAAGUUGGGAUAGCACAACUACAUUGGUCAACUGCAAAUUAUGCCCCUUGGCAGGAAUCAGCUCUUUGGAAUGGCUUAUUGGAGAUGUAUGAACAGGGUUUAGUUAAAGCUGUUGGAGUAAGUAAUUACGGACCAAGGCAGCUUUUAAAGAUACAUGAUUACCUAGCAGUCCGAGGAGUCCCCAUACGCUCAGCCCAGUUACAAUUUUCAUUGCUAAGCAUGGGGGAAGAACAACUACGGAUCAAGAAUUUAUGUGACAAUCUGGGUAUUCGUGUGAUUGCUUAUAGUCCUCUAGGACUCGGAAUGCUUACUGGGAAAUACUCACCAUCCAAACUUCCGAGUGGGCCAAGGGCGUUGCUAUUUAAGCAAAUACUUCCAGGACUGGAUCCUUUGUUGAGCUCCCUGAGAAAUAUUGCAAAUAAACGGCGCAAAACCAUGGCACAAGUUGCUAUAAAUUGGUGCAUAUGCAAAGGUACAGUUCCAAUUCCUGGAGUCAAAUCAAUUAAACAAGCUAAGGAAAAUUUGGGUGCUCUUGGUUGGCGCCUCUCCUCAGACGAGAUGCUUCAAUUGGAGUAUGCAACAAUGUUUUCACCUCGCAAAAUGAUCCAAAACGUUUUCCAAACAAGAUAAUAUAUCUAGCGAAGAUCCAGCACAAGGUACGGACUGACAAGGCAUA